AUGGAGGGGAAGAAGGGCAAGACUUUUUGGUCCAGAAGAUGUGAAGAGACAGUGUUCCAAAGCCGGAUGAACAAGAGAAGAUAUGCAUAUGAUGAUGGUGGUGAACCAUCAUCACCGUGGAAGAUCAACGGAAAGGGCAAAAUCUCUUGGCCUUUGUCGUCACAAAGACGAAGAAGAAUCGAAGACACAGGAUGUGAUCCAUCAUCACCCAUGGAAAAAGUCAAAACUGCCUCGUGGAGAAGAAGUGAAGAGACAAGAUCAUGGAAGAGAGUUGGAAGAGAAAGCAAAAGAAGAAGAAUAAGGGAUGUGAGUGAGAUAAUACUCAACCACGACUUGUUAGAUGAAGUUAUGUUGCGACUUCCAGUAAAAUCUCUGGCUAGAUUUCAAACCGUGUCGAAACACUGGAGACGUAUGAUAACGUCCAAGUUUUUCAUGGACAGACGAAGAGGAAGAAUAUCAUACGUUGAUGACCCCGAAUUUGCACUCGUACAGGAACAGGAACAUGACGUGGGGGUAGUUUCCAAGAGUGUUGAUGGUCUUUUCUGUUUCUAUGCUUCCAUGGAAUUGACAAGACAAAUCAAAGUGACAAACCCAGCAACGAGAUGGUCCUACAGGCUUCCUCUUGCCAGCAUUCAAAGAGAACAUUACCUAGACAACAAUGACACAGAGUUCCCUCUCCCAGGAUUUGGAAAAGACUACGUCACGGGAACAUACAAAAUAGUCUGGUUACAUAACAUUGACGACGAUAACAACUUAUCGUGCGAGGUUUUCGACUUCAGAGUCAAGCAAUGGAGGCAGAUUCCACCUCCUCCUGAUCAGCGCUUAAAGAACUACCAAGCACCAAUUUUUGCAAACGGAUGGCUUUAUUGGUUCAGCCAAGAGGAUACCAAGUUGAUUGCUUUUGAUGUGCACAUGGACAUGUUUCGAGUCAUUCCAAAUCCUAUUACUGAGGAGGCCUCAUCGUCUAUUGGAAUGCAGAUGGGUAGCAUAGACGAUGACCGUCAUCUUGUGUGGAUUUCAGACACAAAUGGAGAUGGCAUGCAACACGUGUGGAGGCUCACUAACCACAAUACAGAAGGGACAUUGUUGAAAAUGGACAAGAUGUUCUCCAUUGACAUGAACAAGAUUACAUCGACUUGGUUUGAUGAUCCUCUUCGUGAUUCUCCGCUCUUCAUUCUUGAGGCAGUUUCCAAGGAUGGUAACAAGGUGAUGCUCUCAAAAGUAAACAAUUAUCUCGUCCUAUAUCAACCCCGAAGCUCUACACAUCGCAUCUUGUCUUAUUCCUCUCUACGUCAGUGGGAUAGUGCUUGUGUUGCUUUUUUCCCAAGUUUAGUCUGUCCCUUGUGA